AUGGGGAGUGGAGCCAGCGCUGAAGACAAAGAACUGGCCAAGAGGUCCAAGGAGCUAGAAAAGAAGCUGCAAGAGGAUGCUGACAAAGAAGCCAAGACCGUCAAGCUGCUCUUGCUGGGCGCUGGAGAGUCAGGAAAGAGUACUAUCGUCAAACAGAUGAAGAUCAUUCACCAGGAUGGCUACACCGAGGAAGAAUGCCUGGAGUUCAAGUCCAUCAUCUAUGGGAAUGUGCUGCAGUCCAUCCUGGCUAUCAUCCGGGCCAUGUCCACCCUGGGCAUUGACUAUGCUGACUCCAGCCGUGCAGAUGACGGGAGACAGCUCAACAACUUGGCAGACUCCAUUGAGGAAGGCACCAUGCCUCCGGAGCUGGUAGAAGUCAUCAAGAAGUUGUGGAAGGACGGCGGGGUGCAAGCCUGCUUCGAAAGAGCUGCAGAGUACCAACUUAAUGACUCCGCCUCUUACUAUCUGAACCAAUUAGACCGGAUUACAGCACCUGACUACCUUCCUAAUGAGCAAGACGUGCUACGGUCCAGAGUGAAAACCACAGGCAUCAUUGAGACCAAGUUUUCCGUCAAAGACUUGAACUUCAGGAUGUUUGAUGUGGGAGGGCAGAGGUCGGAGAGAAAGAAGUGGAUCCAUUGUUUUGAAGGCGUCACCUGCAUAAUUUUCUGCGCAGCCCUCAGUGCCUAUGACAUGGUGCUGGUAGAAGAUGACGAGGUGAAUCGGAUGCAUGAGUCUUUGCACCUCUUCAACAGCAUAUGCAACCACAAGUUCUUUGCGGCUACUUCCAUUGUUCUCUUUCUCAACAAGAAGGAUCUCUUUGAGGAAAAAAUCAAGAAAGUGCACCUCAGCAUUUGUUUUCCAGACUAUGACGGGAACAACUCUUUUGAGGAUGCAGGGAGUUACAUCAAGAACCAGUUCCUUGACCUCAAUAUGCGAAAAGAUGUCAAAGAAAUCUACAGUCACAUGACCUGUGCUACAGACACGCAGAAUGUCAAGUUUGUGUUUGAUGCAGUUACAGAUAUCAUCAUUAAAGAAAAUCUAAAGGACUGUGGGCUCUUCUAAUCCUCACCAUUCCCCAGGUAUACAUUCUAUAAGCAGGCUUAACACUUUGGUAAUAUCAAGCAAAAAAUUAGAGGUCAGUAUACCAUGA